AUGUCUGCUGCUCUGGAGAAAUCGUUGGACGACAUCAUCUCAGCCUCUAAGAAGGCCGCGCCACGUCGUGACAACAAGAAGAAGGCAGUCGGCAGCAAAGUGGCCAAGGCCCCUGUCAAGAAACAGCCUACUAAGGCUGCUAAGGCUGCUCCAGCCAAGGCUCGUGCCCCUGUCCUGGAUGUUGCUGCUGCUGAGAAGGUCAUCGUUUACGGAUUACCAAAGGACAUCAAGCAGGAUGCUUUGAGAGUAUGUGUUAUUUAG